GUUUGUGCGUCACUUUGGUCUUUGGUCAAUUUCAUUUCUGAAAAUUAUUGGAUUUUUGGUCGCUUGAAAUUUUUAAAUUAAGAUCGUGGUGGAUUAGAUAUUAUUUAAUUAUCAUUAUAUAUAUGUAGAAGGUAAUUAUGCGUAUAUAGCACAUAAAGUACGCAUGUAAUAUGUCGAAACCAGAAAAGAAUACCAAGACUGGAUUUGUCAUCAAGCUUUCGAGUGAUACCGUACAAAAAUUAGCUGAAGAAGAAGAAAAAAGGAAAAUCAGUAACGAGAAAAACAUAUCUGAUUUAUCAGAACAGGAUAUCGGCGAUAAAAAUGUAAAAGAUAGUAGCGAACAACAAAUAUCACAAGUUCUUUCUAAAGUCGUUGAUAACUUACCAACCGAAGAAAGUGCACCUACGAAGCAGACCGCUAGUGAAAGUAAAACAGAAAAAAAAGAAGAUAAAUUAGAGCCGUCAUCUGAAUCUAAAUGGGGUGAUUAUGCCCCAUACAUAACCUACGUCGAAGAUGAGGCUGUAUACACAGAUCCUACAACCCACCAACAAUACACCUGGAACAAGGAGUCCAACACUUGGGAUCCAAAAACAGAAGUUCCAGGACGCACAUACUCUUAUGAAAAUGACACUCAUAUUUAUACAGAAGCCGAUGGAUCAAAAUCCUAUUGGGAUGAAGAGAAAAAAGCGUGGAUACCUAAAGUUGAUGAUGAAUUUCUCGCCUAUUAUCAAAUGUCUUAUGGCUUUGUUGACAACGCGCCGGCUGAACCAAAACCUGAAAAAGAUAAAAAGGAAAAAUCAGAAUCAGGGUUGAAAAGGAAGAAUGAACCCCAAUGGUUUCAGCCCUCGGAAGAAAAUAAUACUAAAGUUUAUGUGUCAAACUUACCGUUAGACUUAACUGAAGAGGAACUUGUGAAUUUUAUGCAAAAGUGUGGUCUUGUUGAACGAGAUCCGACUACUCAAAAAAUGAAAAUCAAAAUGUAUAUGGAUAAAGAGAGAAAUUGUUUUAAAGGUGAUGCCCUUUGUACAUACAUAAAAAUUGAGUCAGUUGACCUAGCAUUGAAACUUCUUGAUGGCAGCGACUUGAAAGGCAAUAAAAUAUCAGUCGAGAAAGCCCUCUUUCAAUUAAAGGGAGAAUAUAAUCCAGCUCUCAAACCCAAGAAGAAAAAGAAAAAGGAGCUAGAGAAAAUUAAGAAAAUGCAGCAGAAACUGUUUGACUGGAGACCAGAGAAGUUCAUAGGAGAACGAUCAAAACAUGAAAGAAUUGUAAUAGUGAAAAAUCUAUUCAGUCCCUCAGACUUUGAUAAUGAAGUCCAGUUAAUACUUGACUACCAACAGGACCUGAGGGAGGAAUGCAACAAGUGUGGAGAAGUUCGGAAAGUAGUUAUUUAUGACCGGCAUCCCGAGGGUGUAGCACAGAUCACUAUGAAGGAACCUGAGCAAGCCGAUGCCGUCAUACAACUUAUAAAUGGUCGCUGGUUUGGUAAGAGACAGAUAACUGCAGAAACAUGGGAUGGAAGGACGAAAUAUAGGAUAGCUGAGACAGAUGCAGCUUUGAAUCAGAGAAUCAAUAAGUGGGAUAAGUUCCUUGAGAGUGGUGAAGAUGGUAAACCUGUAGCACCAUCGGGUGACCCAAACAAAACUGAAGAUUCUGAAAAGAAGCAAGAGAUAAACAAAGACAGUGAAACAGAAAAUCAGAAUGUUGAAACUGUAAAUGUAACAUGUACAUAGUAUAAAUAAAAUUAUUUUUUAUUUCA